CUUAUAUUGAACUAGGUUCAUCAAUAUCGAUUGAUGAAAAACAAGAUAGUCACAUGUAUGUCUUUUGCUAUAUGUAUUUAGCACCUGAGAUCUUGAAAGGUAAACAUUUCACUCAAGCUGCUGAUAUUAACA